GGCACCAAACUCGGGGACUGACUGGUGGACGGGAGACCGAAAGGGGACCCCGGAGGCCCAAGAAGGGUGUGCGGUUCUGAUGAGGGAGGGCUGGAAGGAGUUUCGGGGGCGACAAGUUCACAGCUACCUCGGGUUGCAACUGAGGCCUGGCGGAGCCUGGCCGCCGCGGGACUUAAGUGCGGGAGUUUCUAGUACCCGCGUGGAGAUGGGAUUUGCGCCCGUGGCCGGAGCGACUUCUUAAUCCGAGUGGUAGUGGUCCGAACGCUCCUAGCUUUCAGUCAGGAAAAGGGGUGCUGUCUGUCCUUCCCUCUUCUGUGCUUCUGGGUUUGACAGCUUCCUUCAAGGGGCGUCCGAAUGCAGGGUUUUCCGCCGUGACACCCUCGGACCUCGAGGGAAAAGCUGCAGAAAGGCUGCCCUAGGCAAGGUUGAGGGAGAAAGCGCCACAGCCCUUGACGUCUUCCUAGGAAGACAGGAGUGUGUUUUCCAUUGCUGGUUGCUUAAUUUAAGCUGGAAGUUAUCUGGACUGCUUUAGGCUAAGUUCAUAUUACAAAUACAACUACUUGUUAAUGGUGGUUUUCUUUUCUUAGCCAACUCCACCGCGACCUGGUUUGGACUUUGAGCCUCUUGUAGACCUGAUGAACAGUUUCAUUUUCCUCUGACACUCGGCACUUAAAGAAUUGAAGUUUAUGCAACUGACACGGGUCAGGAUUGUUCAGAGUGCUAAGACAGAAUUUAAAAUGGCUUCCAGAGGAAAGACAGAGACAAGCAAAUUAAAACAGAAUUUAGAAGAACAGUUGGAUAGACUAAUGCAGCAAUUACAAGAUCUGGAGGAAUGCAGAGAAGAACUUGAUAUGGAUGAAUAUGAAGAAACCAAAAAGGAAACUCUGGAGCAACUAAGUGAAUUUAAUGAUUCACUAAAGAAAAUUAUGUCUGGAAAUAUGACUUUGGUAGAUGAACUAAGUGGAAUGCAGUUGGCUAUUCAGGCAGCAAUCAGCCAGGCCUUUAAAACCCCAGAGGUCAUCAGAUUGUUUGCAAAGAAACAGCCAGGUCAGCUUCGGACAAGAUUAGCAGAGAUGGAUAGAGAUCUGAUGGUAGGAAAAUUGGAAAGAGACCUGUAUACUCAACAGAAAGUGGAGAUACUGACAGCUCUCAGGAAACUUGGAGAGAAGCUGACUGCAGAUGAUGAGGCCUUCUUGUCAGCAAAUGCAGGUGCUAUACUCAGCCAGUUUGAGAAAGUCUCUACAGACCUUGGCUCUGGAGACAAAGUCCUUGCUCUGGCGAGUUUUGAGGUUGAAAAAACAAAAAAAUGACAUGAUGUGGAAGCUUGUAACAUUGAUCACAUUCUUAAUGUAAAUGCCAUUUUUCUUCUGAGGGUUUUCAGUUAUUGAAAAGAAAUGAAGAGAUUCUCAAAAUGCAUUAAUGACCUUAGAAAAGAUGACAUUCAGACAUACUUGUGACUUCUCCUUAUGCUCUUCAUCAUUGUGCUUUGAAUAGGGCUACCUGCUGGAGUGAUCCUGGACUUGUGGGGAUGGAGGGACUCACUGGACUUUAUUCAUUAGGAUUUGUCUCUUUAAGAGAGAGAAGAGAAAAUAUACUUUGUUUUUAUUAAGGCUCCUUGGUUUAAGUGUUGAUAGUGAAUGAAAAAGUAUGAUCUGCUUAUAACUUAUCCCCACUUCAUGGAGUUAACAGUGAAGCAACAUCAAUAGACUGCAUAUGUAUUCAUAGGAUUUUAGAGUUCUAUUUGAUUUUAGAAAUUAUUUUCAUUGACCGGACAUGGUGGCUCAUGCCUAUAAUCCUAGUACUCUGAGAGGCUGAGGCAGGAGGAUUGCUUGAGCUCAGAAGUUCAAGAUUACUCUGAGCAAAGAGUGAGACUCUGUCUCUACUAAAAAUAAAAAAUAUUAGCUGGGCAUUGUGGCAGGUGCCUGGAGUCCCAGUUACUUGGGAGGCUGAGGCAAGAUCACUUGAACCCAAGAGUUUGAGGUUGCUGUGAGCUGUGAUGACACUGCUAUACUCUAUCCAAGGCAACAAAGUAAGACUCUAUCUCCAAAAAGAAAGAAAAGAAAAAUUAUUUUAAUAAACAAGAAAACUGAGGUUCAGAAAGAGCAAGUGACUUGCUUAAAGUCACAGUAUAGAGCUGGGGAUAAGACUUGUGUGUCCUGACUCCUAGUUUAGUAUCUGUUGAGUUUUAUUUCUGUAUUUAAACAAAUAAUAAUUAACAUUUGUGCAAGUAAGUGUUUUUGAAACUUAAAUGUCCCAACAAAAAGUUGACCCUAUACUAAGAGACCAUCUCCCGGCUUGUAAGCUCCCUGUAUGAAUGGGGCCCAUUGUAUCUCUGAAUUUUGAGCUGGAAACAAUGGGAGCCCUGUUGAGAAUCUCCUAAAGUAACUUAGCCUCCUUAGUUGUUUCACCAGAGAAGCAAUAGGAAAUGGCAGCUAGAGGCCCUCCAGUGUAUGACCUCUGGCCAAACUGAGGGGGUGGUAACUGUAAGAUACUAUCUACUUUUCAGUUUCUGGAGAAACACAAAAUAAGUUAUGUGGAAAAGCAAGUUUCUCUCCUGAGUAUUCCCGUGUCUCUCUGCAUGCUUAAAUGUGUAGAUACGUCCGUAUGCGUGUACAUUAGCUUAUUUUUUAGGCUCUGACUAUUUUAUAUUCUUUCAUGUGUUUCUCAA